UGAAUUCUCUUCUAUAACUGAAAAGCGUGUAUUACUCGUAAUUUAUCAAAUAUCUUAAAAAAGAAGUUGUUUGUGCGAAAAAACACAGUAUUAUAUAUCAAAUUAGUAUAAUAUAAAGUAUAACAUAAAGAAGGAAACAUAAAUUACGUUUUUGUGCAAUUUAAGCGAUAUUAAGAUACUUGUUAUAAAUAGAGAAACAUGUUUAUUUGAUGAUUAUUACGAUAUUAUUAUUAGCCAUAGUGAUAAUAGCUAGACUUUAGGAUAUAUUUAAAUAUAGAUGCCAUGGCUUUUGAAGACGAAAGAAGCGACUCGGAAGAAGAACAAGAUAAGUCUAGAAGUGCUACUCCGGAUUCACAAAAGUCAGGUAGUAAUAUAGCAAGAAGCAGAUCGAAAUCAAAUUCUGCUAGUCCCAAAUCUUCAGCAGCUAGAUCUAAUCUGUCAUCCCCAAUACGGAAUGGAUCGCCAGCUUCUGUUCGUUCCAAUGCAAGCUCUAGAAAAUCUUAUUCUAGAUCACCAUCCAGAUCACCUUCACCAAGCAGAUCUAUUUCACCAGCGGGAAAUAGAAAAAGCACAUCAAGAUCACGCUCUAAAUCUCAUUCUCCUGCACUUAGAGAAACGAGAAAUAGCUCACAGUCACCAACGCAUUCGCAUCACUCUGCAAAAUCAGGUUCAAGAUCUCGAAGUUCUUCUCACUCUUCAUCCAGAAGUUCUCGAGCAGCAUCGAGGAAUAAUUCACGUUCUAGAUCUAGAUCAAAUUCGAUAAGACCCAAUGACACUUCAUCUAAGUGUGACUCGCCCAAAACAAACUUUCGAUCAUCUUCCAGGUCUCCUUCGCCCCAAGCAAUUUCUAAAUCGCGAUCUCGUUCAAGAUCAUUUUCUCGAUCGCGUUCUGGUUCCCCGAAAGUGUCGAUCCAUUCACGUUCUCGAUCAGCUACUCCCAAGUCUUUCCAGUCAAGAUCUCGUUCAAGAUCUAGAUCAGGUAGUCCAAAAGAAGCCAAAGCUGAUUCAAGAUCGAGAUCAAGAUCUCCAGCUGCAUCGAAAAAGGGUUCUCGUUCACCUUCAGCAUCGCCAAAUCGAUCACCAAUCACUGCUAGACAAUCGCGAUCAAGAUCAAAGUCACGUUCCGUAAAUGGUUCCAGGCCAGGUUCUCCUGAUUUAAGAAAAAGUUCUCGUUCUAGAUCUCAUUCCAAUUCAAUAGAUAGAAAAUCUAGAUCUAGAUCAAGAUCUGCUUCCGGAUCCAGGAAAACAUCGACAUCACCGUUGCAAGAGGGACGAGCUUUAUCGCGUUCGAAAUCUAGAUCCUUAUCGGGUUCAAGGAAAGGUUCUCGUUCGAGAUCACGAUCACGAUCAGGAUCGCACAAAUCUGGAUCGAGAUGUAAAUCGCGAUCUGUGUCGGGAUCACGUAAAGGUUCCGUAUCUCCAGCACAUUCGAGAAAAAAUUCACGUUCUAGAUCUAGAUCCAGCUCGCGUUCCAGUAAAUCAAGAUCCCGUUCAGUUUCAAGAGCCUCUCGUUCGAGAUCUCGCUCGGGUUCCAGAAAAUCUGUAUCAAGAUCAAGAUCAAGAUCGCGAUCUCGUUCAAGAUCAAAGUCUGGCUCGAGAUCGCGUUCAGGUUCACGUUCAAGGUCAAGAUCAGGUUCCAGAAAAUCUGUAUCAAGAUCGCGAUCGCGGUCGAGAUCACAUUCUAGAUCACAUUCAAGAUCAAGAUCUAGAUCGGCCGUUGGAUCCAGACAUUCAUCACGUUCGAAAUCCCGAUCUAGAUCGAGAUCUAGGUCGGGUUCCGGAUCUAGAAAAUCUAGAAGUCCUAGUAGAGAUUCGGAAGGAGUAGCUAAAAAACGAAAUAGAGUAUUAUCAGAUUCUGAAGAAGAGACUGAUGAAGCUAGAAUAAAGAAACGUACGAGACACGGGUUAUCAGAUUCUGAGCAUGAAGAUGAAAACGAAAAGAAAAAAGACAAUGAUGCACACGAAGAGGGAGUGGGUGAAAAUCAGGAAAAUAAACAAUUACAUGGUGAAAUUAUUAAUGAGCAGCAGGAUAACGAAGAGUCUGAUGAUGAAAUUAUUGGUGGUGGGAUAGAUGAUACAUUGUCUGACUUCGACCGCAUGUUAGCACGAAAAAAGGAAGGGCAAUUCCGUAGACGUAAACGAAAAGACAUUGGUAUUAUUAAUGAUAACGAUGAUAUUAUAGCGCAAUUAUUAUCAGACAUGAAGGAUGCGGCUGAGGAGGAUAGAAAAUUGAAUCAACAAAAUAAACCUGCCACAAAUAAAAUUGCCAUGUUAUCAAAAGUAUUGUCGCAAUUGAAGAAACACGAUUUACAAUUGGCCUUUUUGGAACACAAUGUACUAGCGGUUCUCACUGAUUGGUUAGCGCCAAUGCCUGACCGUUCCUUACCGUCUCUCAAAAUCAGAGACAAUCUCCUGAAAUUAUUAUGGGAGUUUCCAAAAAUCGAUCAAUCUUCGUUGAAGCAAUCUGGUAUUGGGAAGGCCGUAAUGUAUCUAUAUAAGCAUCCAAAAGAAACAAAAGAGAACAAAGAGCGUGCUGGUAAAUUGAUAAAUGAAUGGGCGCGGCCUAUUUUCAAUUUAUCUGCCGAUUUUAAGGCAUUAUCAAAGGAAGAGAGAAUGCAGAGGGACCUGGAGCAAACACCUCAUAAACGAAGAAAAACCGAAGAUGGAGGAUCCUUUCAAAAAUCGCAAGAUAUUAAUAAGGCCUUAAAAGGAGAUGCUAAACCAUUAAGACCAGGAGAUCCUGGGUGGGUGGGAAGAGCUAGAGUUCCUAGACCAUCUAAUAAAGAUUAUGUUAUACGACCUGACUGGAAAUCAGACAUUGACAUUAGUAGGAGUACUAAGAAGCAAAUGAGUCGAUUCGAGAGACAUAUGAAGAACUACAUGGAUACCAAGCGUAUGAAAUCAACGAGAAGAGCAGUCAAUAUAUCUAUAGAGGGUCGUAAAAUGUCUUUAUAAUAUCUAUAAAUUUCUUAUAGUUUAUACAAGGAAAUAAAACUUGUAACAAUAUUUGUUAUUUUCUAAAUCGUGAUUGUACGGGAAAAGUUAUAUGAUCCAAUUUAGACCCAAUAUGACCAGAUUUAGAUCUUGCACAUGUCUUUCUAACUAUUAUCGUUACUUGUUUAUUUGAAGACAUAGAGAGAACGUUAGUAUAUAAUAGCUUCAUAUUUUGUAGAAAGUUAAUUGAAAUUAUGCAGUUUAAUUUUAAGUUAUGACAAAAAGAAUUUUUGAUUCCUAUCAGAUUGUAUUGAUUAAUUUUUACAAAAGGAAGAAGAGAGACGUUAUUCCCCAACAAUGCAUUGAUAAUGUGUUAAGUAAUGUAUUAUUUGCAGCUUUU